AUGCUCUGGCCUUGGCUUCCUGCUGUCUUAGUAAGCUCUGGAGAUUCUUCUGGCUUUCUGGGUUUUCUUGCGUCUCUUUGCAGGUACGACGAGAUCUUCGACGGCGUCGUUUUGGCUUACGAUGUUUACUCGUUUGACAAAUGCGCCAAGAUCCUUCCUGGAGUUUAUCCUUAUUUUGGUGUUAAUUUGAAGCUUAAUCUGUUGCUUUUUUCUCCCAAGCCAGAUAUGCUUUUAGAAGGAAAGGUAGUGAAACUUACACAUGAGUCUAUUCAUGUUGUUGUGCUUGGAUUUGCUUCUGCGAUUAUAACGGAGAAAGAUAUCAGGGCAGAGUUUGUGUAUAAAAUGAAACACGGGCAAGAAGUGUAUGCGAGUAACUCUCACAAGCGACAUGUGAUAAAGGUUGGAACCACGAUACAAUUUUUGGUCAAGAGGUGA